GACAAAUUUGGGCGGUCUGCAAUUUGCAAAGCGAUCCAGGAAGGACAAAACACACCACGCCAAGAAGCAAGAGAUCUCAACGCGCGCAUCGGGCAAGAAGAAGACACGGCAACAAGAACACGCAACAAUGGAAGCGAACCGCACGGGCGACUACAGGCUGCAGGAGGCGCAGCGUCAAGUGGGCGAGGUCCAAAAUGUCAUGCGUGACAACUUGACCAAAGUCAUUGAGCGCGGCGAGAAGCUCGAUGACCUUGAUGCAAAAGCAGAGGAUCUUGAGGCCGAGGGUCAGCGAUUUCAGAACAGAGCAGGCCGUCUUCGCCGUCAAAUGUGGUGGCAGAACAAGAGGAACCAACUGUUGAUUGGUGGUGUCAUCCUUGCCAUCAUCGCCGUCAUUGUCAUCAUCGUUGCAACUCGCUGAAGCCCGGCGCUGGGUGUGCGAGUGUUGCGUGGAAAGAGAGUGUGUGAGAGGGUCCCUUUUACGUGGGUGUACUUGAUGUACGUUUGCGGCAAGCAUGUGAGUGUGUGUGUGUGUGUGUGUGUUUGAGAGUUGGCAGUAGCCUUGCCAGUUUUGUUCACACGAGUUGGUUCGUGGAUGGAUUGAUUGACUGACCGAGAUGUUUUUGAGUUGCGUAUUACCGUUCCACACGUGAUUGUUGUUUGUUUGUCAUCACCCAACAGUAUUUGACUUGAUUACAUGUGCCUUCAGCUGGA